GUUCUACCCACCAUUACAGAAUCUGCAGUUCAUUGUGUGUUCCGUCUGUUCCCAUUACCCUCUGACCUCCUGAUUCUCAGUUGAGUUCCACUCAAUGUCAAGCAAUUGCCUUUAUUUACAAGUAGUAUUAGUUUUCGUAGUAGACUUUGUCAAAUACCUUGUGGAAGUCUGUUAAAAUAAUAUCCAUAGCAGCGUCUAUAUCUACUUCAGUCAACAAAAUCCAAAUGGUCCAGAUUCUAGCGUGAAAAAAGGGACACAGAGUGCUGGAGUAACUCAGCAGGUCUGGAGAAAAAGGAUAGGUGACAUUAGGGUUGGCCUUGGAGAAGGGCCCUGACUCAAAAUAUGACCUUUCCAUGUUCCAUAUUGAGGGAGUGCAGUGUAGGUUCAACAGGUUAACUCCUGGGAUGGCAGGACUGACGUGUGAUGAAAGAAUGGGUCGACUGGGCUUGUAUUCGCUGGAAUUUAGAAGGAUGAGAGGGGAUCUAAUUUAUGGAAUUCCCUGCCACAGAGGGCAGUGGAGGCCAAGUCACUGGAUGGAUUUGAGAGAGAGUUAGAUAGAACUCUAGGGGCUAGUGGAAUCAAGGAAUAUGGGGAGAAGGCAGGCACGGGUUAUUGAUUGGGGACGAUCAGCCAUGAUCACAAUGAAUGGCGGUGCUGGCUUGUGGCCUCCUCCUGCACCUAUUUUCCAUGUUUCUAUGUUUCUAAUAGCAACAUAUAAAAAUUCUUAGAGGAUUGGACAAAGUGAUUUUCAGGACAAAGUCUGAAGAAGGGUUUCAGCCCGAAACGUUGCCUAUUUCAAUCGCUCCAUAGAUGCUGCUGCACCCGCUGAGUUUCUCCAGCAUUUUUGUGUAUCUUAGAGGAUUGGACAGGGUAGAUGCAGGAAAAAUGUUCCCGAUGUUUAAGAAGUCCAGAACCAGGGGCCACAGUUUAAGAACUGUAGGCCAUUUAGGACUGAGAUGCGGAAAAACGUUUUCACCUGGAGAGUUGUGAAUCUGUGGAAUUCUCUGCCAUAUAAGGCAGUGGAGGCCAAUUCACUGGAUGUUUUCAAGCGAGAGUUAGAUUUAGCUCUUAGGGGCUAGUGGAAUCGAGGGAUGUGGGGAGAAAGCAGGAACGCGGUACUGAUUUUGGCUGAUCAUAUUGAAUGAUGGUUCUGGCUCGAAGGGCCGAAUGGCCUCCUCCUGCACCUAUUUUCUAUGUUUCACUGUACCUCGGUACACGUGACAAUAAACUCAACUAAAGACCAGAAACGACGCCUAUCCUUUCCCUCCACAGUUGCCCCUGACCCGCUGAGCUCCUCCAAUACUUUAUAAUUUGCUCAAGAUUCCACCAUCUGCAGUUCCUCAUCUCGAGAAAAACGUUAAACGUGUUCUCAGAAUCAACUUGUAGCAAAUAUAAAUAAUCCAAGUGUUUCCAUUACACCAACUGUGCACCAUCUCCAAAAUAGCAAUACCUCGAGGCUCCGCAGUCCUCCUUCAAUUCCGCCCACUUGAUUAUAAUUCGAUAAAAUUUGUCGCGCGUAAUACUGCAGUUGGCGUUAAUUUGUCAAGCAUGUUUGUCCACGGGAUUUCAAAUCUAAAAUAACCCAGUGAGGUGUGAAAGGGUUACUGUUAGCCUCGUCAGACUUCAGUGAGAGCCUGUGUAUAUGGAGAGGGAGGGAGUGUUUUACCACCACCACCAGCAGCAGCAGCAUCAGUGGCAGCGGUACAUCCCGUCUCCUGUAUACACGAGGUCACACACCCUCCUCAACCAGUCAGUACCUCUCUGUCAAGCUGUGAAAGCGCUUCUCCUGCACCAGAGACAUUUACAGCAAUGACACCUCUGCUGCGCGUGUGUUGGCUACUCUUGGCAGCCCAGGGCUCGGCGUUUAAUCUGGAGACAACUAACACGAUCGCAAAGGAAGGAGAGCGAGGGAGUUUGUUUGGGUUUUCUGUGGCUUUACACAAACAGACCAGCCCGGACGCUCAGAGUUGGAUUUUGAUCGGGGCACCUCAGGCCCGGGCCCAAUCGCAACAACAUGCAAACCGCACUGGAGGACUCUUUGCCUGCCCGAUAAUAACAGAAGACGAUGACUGUAAUCAAGUCAACAUUGAUAAUGAUGUUGACCUGCAACGGGAGAGCAAAGAAAACCAAUGGCUGGGGGUGACGGUCAAAAGCCAAGGAGUUGGAGGGAAGAUUGUGACAUGUGCCCAUCGCUAUGAGGUGAGGCAGCGCGUGGACCAGCUGGCAGAAACCCGGGACAUGAUUGGCCGUUGCUACGUGCUGAACCAGGACUUGAAGGUCAAGGACGAGUUGGAUGGUGGCGACUGGAAGUUCUGCGAAGGCCGCACGCAGGGCCACCAGCGGUUCGGCUACUGCCAGCAGGGAAUCGCCGCCGGCUUCACGCCAGACGACAACUACAUCUUAUUUGGCGCCCCGGGCACAUACAACUGGAAAGGUAAUGUCCGGGCAGAAUUGUACAGUCACCAUAUGGUCCACAUGGGUAUCUAUGACGACGGACCAUACGAAGUGGGUGAUGAAAGAAAGCUGGAGGCUAAGCUGGUUCCUGUACCUGCCCAUAGCUACUUAGGGUUCUCUGUAGAUUCAGGUAAAGGGCUCAUUCGGCAGAACGAGUUGAGCGUUGUCUCGGGGGCACCGAGAGCCAACCACACUGGGGCAGUGGUGAUCCUGAGGAAAGAAGGUGUCAACAGACUGGCACCCGAGCACAUCUUGUGGGGAGAGGAGCUGGGCUCAUCGUAUGGCUAUGCAGUCGCCACAGUGGAUCUCAACAGUGAUGGGUGGAUGGACCUUGUGGUCGGCGCUCCGUACUUUUUCGAUCGGAAGGAAGAGAUUGGAGGUGCCGUGUACGUCUACAUUAACCAGGCCGGCAGGUUGAAUCGAGUCAGCUGCAUCCGACUCAAUGGGACCAAGGACUCCUUGUUUGGGCUGGCUGUGGCUAACAUUGGGGACAUCAAUCAAGAUGGUUUUGGAGACAUUGCUGUUGGGGCCCCGUACGAUGAACAUGGCAAGGUCUACAUCUACCAUGGAAACAAGUUUGGCUUGAACACAAUUCCUGCUCAGAUAAUCGAAGGAGAAACCGUGGGAGUGACCAAGUUCGGGUACUCCAUUGACGGAGGAGUAGACAUUGAUGAUAAUUCUUACCCAGAUAUGGUGGUCGGGUCACUCUCUGAUUCUGCAGUUCUGUUCAGAGCAUGUCCUGUCAUUAAUGUGACGAACCACAUUUACAUCAAACCGCAGCAAAUUGAUCUGGAGUUGGAGAACUGCAGGCUAACGGCGGGCAUCUGUAUUGAUGUCAGGGCCUGCUUCCUUUAUAGAUCGAAGCCUGAAUCCUACAACCCCAGGAUUGUUCUCGGCUUCGCAAUUGAGGCCGACUCGCCGGAGGUCGAAGGUCAGACGAGGAGGCCCCCCCGCGUGACCUUUCUGAAGAGGGGUCCUAGCGACGCGGAGAACCAAUACACCGGUGAAGUGGUCCUCCGGAGGCAGUCGCAGCUCAACUGUGUCAACGUCACCAUGAAGCUGCGGGAGAACAUCAGAGACAAGCUGCGACACAUCCCAGUCACGUUGACGUACUUGAUCAAGGAUGCCAAACGCACGAGGAAGCAGGCUGACAGGCAGCUGGCGCACUUGAUGCCUGUCUUAAAUGCUGAUGUUUCUCACACAUUGCGGGAAGAGGUGAAUUUCCUGAGGGAAGGCUGUGGUGCUGAUAAGAUUUGUCAGAGCAACCUACAGUUGAAGUAUAGAUUUGGCACCCGGCUGAACGAUGCCUUCCAGCCAUUGCCACUAGAUGAACAAGGAAGGCAAGUGUUCUCCCUCAGUGACCAGGAGGACAUUGCAUUGGAGAUCACCGUCACCAACUUCCCGACUGACCCCAGGAACCCGAGUAAAGAUGGAGACGACGCACACGAGGCCGUUCUCACGGCAAACUUCCCCGACACACUCUCCUACUCUGCUUUCCGAUCAUCUCAGGACAAGAAUCUGGUCUGCGUGGCAAAUACUAACGGUUCUCAGGCUGAAUGUGAGCUGGGAAACCCCAUGAAGCGAAAUGCUGAGGUCACCUUUUACCUGAUCUUAAGCACAACUUCGAUCACCAUCGAAACCACCACCUUGCCAAUUAUUCUUCAGCUGACAACCAUUAGUGAACAGAGUGAUCUGAGCCCCAUCACAGCCAGUGCACACGUCAUGAUCCUUCUGCCUCUCACCCUCUCCGGAUCAUUCGCACAUAAUUAUGUCAACUUUGGAGGUGAAAUAGUGGGAGAGAGUGCCAUCAAAUCAGAGGACGCUGUGGGGAACAUUGUGAAUUACAAAUUAACGGUGGCGAACACGGGCAAACCUCUGAAAACCCUGAGCUCGGCGUUCCUGAAUAUCCGCUGGCCUCAUGAGAUCAGCAACGGCAAGUGGCUGCUGUACCCAAUGAAGAUCGAGAUUGAGGAAGAUGAGAAUGUACAGUGCUCUCCUCUUCAUGGUAUCAACCCUCUUAACCUGACAUUUAGCAACAGAAGCCAAGCGGACCCCCAUGCCGAGCAGCUGCACAGAGAACAUGGAGGCCAGCGACAGAUAGUGACUCAGCACACAGGAGCGAAGAAGAGCCUGACCCUGGACUGUGAACAGGGGACUGCCAACUGCAUUGUCUUCCAGUGUCCCCUGAAAACCCUGGAUACAACCAUCGUGAAAGUCAGAGCCCGGCUCUGGAACAGCACCUUUCUGGAGGAGUACGCCUCCCUCAGCGACAUCCACCUGAUCAUUCGUGCCGACAUUAGUGUGAAGUCGAGCAUUAAAAACCUGAAGGUGCAGAAGGCUGCCGCACAGGUUACCUUGCGAAUACAUCCAGAGAAGGCGAGCGCUGUGUAUGGCGAAACGCCCUGGUUGAUUAUACUCAUUGCUGUCCUGGCAGGAAUCCUGGUGUUGGCUCUGCUUGUCUUUCUCCUUUGGAAGUGUGGAUUCUUCAAGCGUUCCCGUUACAACGACACCGUUCCUCAGUACCACGCCGUGCGGAUAGGCAAGGAGGAGCGACAGCUACACACUGAUGAAAAGAAGACACAAUAUCAGAAGGAAUGGAUGACACACUGGAUUGACAGUGACGGCUACUCAUGAACAUUAUUUAUUUUGAUCUACUUUAACAAGCAGCUUAAAACAAUGCCCUCCCUAACCUCACAGCACCCAGCAAACCUGUAUGUUUCUGUUUAUAGCACUGCACGGAAUAUGACCACAGUGAGAGCCACAUACUUGAAUCCACAACCCCGAGCAGAUCCUUGGCUGCUUUCUGUUGCCGAAGCUUUCUCCGUCUUGGCUUUGUGGACCACGACGGUGCUUGCCAUUGCUGGAUCAGACGUUCCUUGGUGUCAUUUGUACCAGUUCCUUCCCCAGGUAGUAAGCAUCCUCCCCUGUACCAAUCUCCACCUCCUUUCCCCCCAACUUGAACCAUGCCACCUGUUACCUUGCCAUAGUGAUGUCCCGGCUCAGAUCCUGCCAAAGCAACCGAGCUUCCAGGCUGAGUGAGUGAGUGUGGCUUCAGUGGGGACCUGACACUCACCACUAGAAUACACCUCAGUUCCCACUGUUAAUCAUGUCCUGUAGGAACCAACCCAGGGUUUGUGCCUGGGCUCAUAGGGUUCUGAUAAACGUUAGCGUAUAAAGAACUACAACAUUGAAAGUGAAUCCCGAGCCAUCACUUUUUAAGGGGGAAGUCAUUGUAUUAAAGGAUAAACAGAGUCGGCGUACCCACAGAAUGACUGGUUCAAUAAAGGUCCAACACACUCCAGAAUGUCUUAGCCACCUCCGUCUUGAGAAUAUUUAAUGACUUACUGAGGGGCCGGCACGGUGGCGCAGCGGUAGAGUUGCUGCCUCACCAGCGCCAGAGACCCGGGUUCCAUCCUGACCACGGGUGCUGCCUGUACGGAGUUUGCACGUUCUCUCCCCGUGACCUGCUUGGGUUUUCUCCAUGUGCUCCGGUUUCCUCCCACACUCCAAAGACGUGCAGGUUUGAUCAGCCAUGAUCAUAUCGAAUGGCGAAUGGUGCAGGCUCGAAGGGCCGAAUGGCCUCUACUCCUGCACCUAUUUUCUAUGUUUCUAUGUUUGUAGGCUAAUUGGCUUCUGUAAAUGAACCCUAGUGUGUAGGGUCGAACUAGUGUUGGGGUGAUCACUGGUCAGCGUGGACUCGAUGGGCUGAAGGGCCUGUGUCCACACUGAAUCCCUAAAGUGAACUAAAACUAGACUUGGCUUCUACCUUCUGAUGUGAAACAGAAUUCUGCAGGUUCACCAUCCUCUGGGCAAAGAAAUUUCACCCGAUCUUGAUUCAAAUCCUUUCUCCCCGUGGUGGAGAUGUCUAACACUAGAGGGCGCAGCUAUAAGGUGAGAGGGGGAAAGUUUGAAAGGAGAUGUGUGGGGCAGGUUUUUUUUACACAGAGGGUGGUGGGUGCCUGGAACGCGCUGCUAGGGGUGGUGGUGGAGGCAGAUGCGAUAGUGGUGUUUAAGAGGCUUUUAGAUCGGCACGUGGAUAUGCAGGGAAUGGAGGGAUAUGGAUCACAUGCAGGCAGAGGAGAUCAGUUUAACUUGGCAUCACGUUCGACACGGACAUUGUGGGCUGAAGGGCCUGUUUCUGUGCUGUACCGUUCUAUGUUCCACAAUGCCGUACUUGCACAUCAAUAAACUUGAUCUGGUGAUGCAAAGUGAUAUAUGCGUUAGGAUUCAAUCUGCUUCACAAUAUUACUGGCUGGACAUUCUGGGACAAAUCUCAUUUUGGGGGAGAGGAAAGCCGCAAAUGCUAAGAAUACACAACUGAUGUAGAGAGGAAAGGCGUUGGUUAAGGAUUCAGGUGCCCCCCCCCCCCCAGAGCCUACUCUCCAGGGUCCACUUUGGUGUACAACUGACACCAAGAAUUCACUCCUCCAGAGAUCAAAACCAAACACGCUGUGGGCCAAAGAACUCCUUUGGAGAGAGACACAAAUGCAACUGUCGUUACGUCAAUGUCCUUUCAUUGAUUUGAAGCGAUGACAACGGUUUCUGUCUUCACGGAUGCUGCCUGACCUGCAAAGUGUUUCCAGCAAGUUUGGUUUUUGUCUCAGACUUCCAGCAUCUGCAGUGUUGUUUUCUUUUUGAUGCCCUCAUCUAACCCCAGUUGAUGGCGCAGAGGCUGGAAGGGAGGCAGGGUCUGCGGGCAGAAUCCUCAAGUCAAGGGAGCAUCAGCAACCUGUAUUGUCCUCAUACGUUCAUAUUGGAUGGGGAGGUGUGGCUGGAUAACUAUGUCCCCACCACCGUCACUAAAUGGAUAAAAUGCAGACCUAGCCUAGAAACAUCCAUUAGAUGGUCGCUCUCCCAUUCAAACAAAUCAGUCUGGUUUUAACUGGACAUCAAACUCAACGCUCCACUGCAAUAAUCAGACACAUACCAAUAUGCCUCCUGUUUUGGAGAUAUAGACCUGUUUGAUGUUGAUUUAUUGUCUGAGUGAAUCUGCGCACUUGAAUGUCUUGGCACAUUGACUAUCUUUUGGAGACUUAUUCAGGAAACAUAGAAACAUAGACAAUAGGUGCAGGAGUAGAGGCCAUUCGGCCCUUCGAGCCUGCACCAUUCGCCAUUCAAUAUGAUCAUGGCUGAUCAUCCAACUCAGUAUCCCGUCCCUGCCUUCUCUCCAUACCCCCUGAUCCCUUUAGCCACAAGGGCCACAUCUAACCCCCUCUUAAAUAUAGCCAAUGAACUAUCUUCUACCUUCAACUACCUUCUGUGGCAGAGAAUUCCACAGAUUCACCACUCUCUGUGUAAAAAAUGAUUUCUCAUCUCGGUCCUAAAAGAUUUCCCCCUUAUCCUUAAACUGUGUGUGUGGCCCCUUGUUCUGGACUUCCCCAACAUCGGGAACAAUCUUCCUGCAUCUAGCCUGUCCAACCCCUUAAGAAUUUUGUAAGUUUCUAUACGAUCCCCCCUCAAUCUUCUGAAUUCUAGCGAGUACAAGCCGAGUCUAUCCAGUCCAACAGACCAAGAAACAGGACCAGACAUUGCGUUUGCCACCUUUCACUGGGCAGUUUCUUUUCCAAAGUAUCUUCGGUCUUUCAGAGUUUGCCUCUUGGUGUUUCCCCGUUUCUACUGAGGAUGUUAAUUCUGUGGGCCUGAACUGCAGCGCUACCUCUCCUGUGGCCAGAAGUGCUCUGGCUGAUUGUUCUGGGAAAUUAGCAUUAAAGGGGAACUGUGAGACGUUUGGCGUGUGUUUGAGUCGGCCUCGAGUUGGUCUUCCUGCAAUACAAUCUCUUUAGCUGGUUCUCAACAGCAGUUUUGAGACGACCCAGUGGGCCUGAUGUGAGUGGGCGCUCUUCAAUGGGUGGCACGGUGGAGUUGCUGCCUCACAGCGCCAGAGACCCGGGUUCAAUCCUGACCACGGGCACUGUCUGUACCGAGUUUGUACGUUCUCCCCGCGACCGUGUGGGUUUUUCUCCGGGGGCUCCGGUUUCCUCCCACACUCCAAAGACGUGCAGGUUUGUAGAUUAAUUGGCUUGGUAAAAAUUGUAAAAUUGUCCCUAGUGUGUGUGUAGGAUAGUGUUAGUGUGCGGGGUGAUUGCUGGUUGGCACGGACUCGGUGGGCCGAGUGGCCUAUUUCUGCGCUGUAUCCCUAAAGUCUAUAAAAGGGUCUGCUACUGUCCUCCACUCCAUCAAUCAAUUCCUUUGCCUUUGAAAUAGCAAAGUCAAACAGCUGCCCUCACAAAUCAAAAUGUCAUGUACUUCACCCAGGCCCAGAUAGUGUCAGGUUCAAUUUCAGCACUGAGGCAGUUCAUCUCAGCCCGGGGGUUGUGGAAUAAUCCGAAACCCUGAAGGAAAUAGGCAACGUUUCGGGCCGAAACCCGUAAGGGUUUCGGCCCGAAACGUCGUCUAUUUCCUUCGCUCCAUAGACGCUGCUGCACCCGCUGAGUUUCUCCAGCAUUUUUGUCUACCUUCCUGCUCCUACAGUUGGUUAAUGCGAGCCAACUGUACAGAGGCUCCUGUGACCAAAGCUUCAGGGCGUUAUAACUGAGCUGGCUCGGUGUUGCGUUUGGCUGGUCCUGUUCACCUCGUAUCAUGAGUACAAACACUGAAUCACCAUCUACUGAUUUUUAAAGAAAGUCUUUAUUGUGCAAUGGCAAGGUAACAGUUACCCUGAAAGUGACUUCAACACAAUUUAGCAUAUGAUACUGUAGUGAUAAAUGCGAUCAAUGGCAUGACUGUAUCAACGAGGACAUGGAAACUCCCCUCUUCAGUAAUGCUUUCAUCUUUGUUUUAUGGUUACGAUCUUCCUCAUAUAGUACUUGUCUAGAGUACUCUAUGAGGAAGUAACAUUCUUCUCCUUCACCAUUCUUGUGCAACGUUUUGUUCCGUGGCUCAACCUACAGACAGGUGCCAGCCUAACGUGCUGAGCUUUGUCAAAACGUGGCCUGGACACCAUGUUUGUUGUAAAACCAAGCCCAAAGACCCAGGUUAGUCAGUUUAUUGGCUGCUGUAAGUCAAGUCAAGUCAAGUCAAGUUUAUUUGUCACAUACACAUACGAGAUGUGCAGUGAAAUGAAAGUGGCAAUGCUCGCGGACUUUUGUGCAAAUAACAAAACAACCAAACAAAUUAUAAACACAAUCAUAACACACAUAUUCUUUUCUAAUAAAUAAUAGAAGGAAAAACGUUCUGUAGAGUUAGUCCCUGGUGAGAAAGGCGUUUACAGUCCGGAUUGCCUCUGGGAAGAAACUCAUUCUCAACCUCUCGGUUCUCACUGCAUGGCAACGGAGGCGUUUGCCUGACCGUAGCGGCUGGAACAGUCCGUUGCAGGGGUGGAAGAGGUCUCUCAUGAUUUUGUUUGCUCUGGAGUUGCACCUCCUGUUGUAUAGUUCCUGCAGGGGGGUGAGUGAAGUUCCCAUAGUGCGUUCGGCCGAACGCACUACUCUCUGCAGAGCCUUCUUGUCCUUGGCAGAGCAAUUCCCGAACCAGAUGGUAAUGUUCCCGGACAAGAUGCUUUCCACCGCCGCUGCGUAGAAGCACUGUAGGAUCCCAGUGGGCCCAAGUUGGGCCCCAGUGAGGAAGGACAUUCUUGCUAUUGAGGGAGCCCAGCGUAGGUUCACCAAGUUAAGUCCCGGGACGGCGGGACUGUCAUAUGCUGAGAGAAUGGAGCGGCUGGGCUUGUAUCCUCUGUGGAGUUUAGAAGGAUGAGAGGAAUCUUAUUGAAACAUAUAAGAUUAUUAAGGGUUUGGACACGCUAGAGGCAGGAAUCAUGUUCCCGAUGUUGGAGUCUAGAACCAGGGGCCACACACAGUUUAAGAAUAAGGUGAAAGCCUUUGAGAACAGAGACGAGGAAACACUUUUUCACAGAGAGAGUUGUGAGUCUGUGGAAUUUUCUGCCUCAGAGGGCGGGGGAGGCCGGUUCUCUGGAUACUUUCAAGAGAGAGCUAGAUAGGGCUCUUAAAGGUAGUGGAGUCAGGGGAUAUGGGGAGAAGGCAGGAACGGGGUACUGAUGGGGGAUGAUCACAGUGAAUGGCGGUGCUGGCUCGAAGGGCCGAAUGGCCUACUCCUGCACCUAUUGUCUAUUGUGUGUAUGUAAGUGUUGGAACCUGGGGGGAGGUGUUAUGGCAACAGAGAAUAGGUUACAGGGGAAAUGAGUUGAUGGCACAGCUCAGUGUGACUUAAUGGGUAGAUAAGGCCUCCUAUGUUAUAAGGGAACAUGGAAUGUGGACAGAGUGUGAAAUAUGGAAUAUACAACAUUCUGCCUCUCUUUUCCUGCAGCAGGUUGUUUCAGAUCAUCCAAGAUCCAAGAGUGGCAGAGUAGACUCGAGGGGCCGAAUGGCCUGUUCCUGCUCCUAUUUCUUACCUUUUCUCCUCCUGUUACACGUCUGUGUUUAAUUGCAACAGGAAGGAGACACUUUGACUCAAGCUCAGGGCUGGAGAUUCGAUCUGAGUCUAUAGAGGGUUGAGCAGGUACAGAUCUAAAUGCUGCAAUUAGUUCAAGGCCACUCCCUCUCUCUCCCCCCUCUCCAAGUUCUGGUUAGAAUCUGCAAUUUCUGCCACUUUCACCGAGUGAGUGGGACAUUGUUUAGUUUCACACGCGGUAAUCCAUUUGAAGAAGGGGAGAAGUUGGCUCACCUCGGGUUCAGCAGCAUGCACGCGAUCAGCUGAAACUGCCCCUGGCAGAUUUAAAAUAUCUGUUGUGAACUGCUGGAGGAACUCAGCGGGUCAGGCAGCAUCUGUGGAGGGAAAUGGACAAUCGAUGUUUCGGGUCGGGGUCCUUCACCUAGACUGAAAGAUUGGAGGGGAAGUAGCGAUAUAAGGAGGUGGAGGGAGGAGUGGGGCAAGAGUCGGCAGGCGAUAGGUGAAUAUGGAUAAAGGGGAUGAGUCGGAUGGGGGAGGGAACAGACUGGACUGAUGGCAAAGGAAGGUGAAGAGCAAAGAUCUUAUAGCAGAGCUAUAGGAUCUUUGGUGAAGAGUGGGGCUGAGGGGACAACAGAGAGAGGUGAGGGGAGAGGGAAUCCAGUGGGGGGAGUGUAUGAGGUAGGUGGGGACAAAGCAGGGUGAUGGCAGGCUUGGGGUAAGGUCCAAACCUUUGCUGUCUGUUGCCAUGGGCCCAAGACAGGAUGGGGCUUAAAGAAAAAUGAAGGAAAUGUGCGCAUGCACUGAGUGAGUGGUGCCUGUCUAGACCAAACCACCGGAAAAGCAAAGGUGAAAGGCCAGCCUCUGCAAUGCUGGUGACCAGACAGGCCUGAUGGCAUUGGGGGACUAAUGGAGGUGAAUCAUUAUGCGGUGGUUCAUUGAGAAGAUGAUUUAGAAUUCGGGUGCCAUUGCAACCAACACACAGGUGAAGCUGAGUUGGCCCGACAAACCUUCACAGAAAAAGGUGAAAGAAAAGCAAGUAUAUUAGAGACAAAUCUCUGAAUAACAUCGAGCCACUGAAUAACAUCAUGAGUCCAAGCGGAAAGGAGAGACCUUUUGUGUUCCUUAUACCACAGACUAGAUAACAUUGAACGUAAAUCACUAGCCACAAAUUAUUCCCCGAUUGCAUUUCCUUGACAAAUUAGUUAACAGCAAAUGUCUGUAAUUGUUCUGCCCUAUAUUUUUGUGCCUUAACUCACCUGCUUUCAAUGCCCUCUUUUGUUAUACACUCUGCAUCUAAUGUGUUUAAAUACAGAUAUUCCUUCCUUAAUUGUCGAUGUUCAUUACACUUUAUUAUGCCUAGUGAUUGACCAGUUCCUACCUUGAACCUGAUUUCUUCAUUAGACUAUGUGGUAUUUAUGGCUGAGAUAGAAGUGGUACAAUGGUUGGUUCUACAGUAUGUGGACAGGGCAAUCCAUUCUCACUGCUCUUUUGCUAUCUCUCCUGGAGAUUAGCCCAGAAUACCAUAUCCUUAAGGCCACCUGCUCCCCAUACUCUCAUCUUUUCAAUGGCCUGGGCCUUUGCAAAGAGGCUACUCGUGCAAUAUGGUGCUGUGCCUUCCAAAACUGGUGUGCUUCAAAUUCCAGAUUACUCUUUGAGGAGUUAACUUCUAUCUCACAUGUCAACUGCAUCCCAAGAUUGGAAAACGACGAGGUCAGGGCGAGGGCAAUCCCAGCGCAUUUCAUCAAAAUAUCCGUGCAUUUGUUAUCACCUUUGUCCUCACAUGGUGACACGGUGGCGCAGCGGUAGAGUUGCUGCCUCACAGCGCCAGAGACCCGGGUUCCAUCCUGACUACGGGUGCUGUCUGUACGGAGUUUGUACCUUCAUAGGGUUUUCUCCGGGUGCUCCGGUUUCCUCCCACACUCCAAAGAUGUGCAGGUUUGUAGGUUACUUGGUUUCGGUAAAAUUGUAAAUUGUCCCCCAGUGUGUGUGUGUGUGUGUGUAGGAUAGUGUUAGUGUGCGGGGAUCGCUGGUCGGCAUGGACUCUGUGGGCCUAAGGGCCUGUUUCCGCUCUGUAUCGCUAAACUAAACCUCCCACAGUGAGCACCUGACCAAGACAGACUGCAGGGGAACAGAUAAUGGCGCAUGCACUGAUUGUGUAUCUACACUGGUCAAUCACUAGUCUGGGCCUUUCACUGUGCAUCCGUGUCCAAAUACAGCUGUUGAACAUUAAUCUAGCUCAGAUAAUCAAAGUGCUCCAUUUUUAAAAAAUGUGGUUGUACAUAGAUCUAUAUUUGAGUGCGGUUGCCUUGUACAUUUUGUUAACAAGUUUCAUUUCUAUAUUGAGUGUUUGUCAGGCAGUUUACUUAUUUAAUGUUCAAUUCUUUGAAGUAAUUAAAAUAAAAAUUGGAAAAUUA